AUUUAAGGCUGAGCUACAAAGACCCCAUCACACCAGUUUUCCAGCUUAGCUAUGUGGAUGUUACUGUCUAGCUUUGUGGUGCUACUGCUGAGUGGACUCUGCUCUGCAGGACCAGCUACUGUCCCACCAAAGAUAGGCACCUGCUGGGCAAUGGGCGACCCCCACUACCGCACGUUCGACGGCCACUACUACAGCUUCAUGGGCAACUGCACCUACAUCAUGACUAAGAACUGCCAUGUUGACAAGGACCACCCAGCCUUUGAGGUGCAGGCCAAGAAUGUGGAGGAUCCUGCAAACUCGCAGCUUACCUCAGUGGGAAUGGUCACCGUCAAGGUUUACGGAGUCAACAUUGACAUUGUCAACUCUGAAUUUGGUCUUGUCCGGGUUAACUUCCAGUUGUGGAAUCUUCCCAUCAGCUUAGACAAUGGCAAAUUGAAACUCUCCCAGAGUGGAUUCUCAGUUGUCCUGGAGACAGACUUUGGUCUGAUGGUGCAGUAUGAUUGGCUGAAGUACCUGGUGGUGACUAUGCCCAGGAGCCUGGCAGGCAAGGUGUGUGGCAUGUGCGGCAACUUUAAUGGCAAACAGGAUGACGAACUCACCACUCCCAGUGGCUCCCUUGCCAGUAAUGUUGUGGCCCUAGGCAAGAGCUGGAGGGUAUCAGACAAGGGAGGUGAUGCCUACUGCAGAGAUGAGUGCACAGGCCAAUGUGAGAACUGUGAGAGCGGCUUGGUUAAGCACUUAGAAAGGGAGAUCUUUUGCACCUUUCUCACAGAGAUAAUGAAUGGACCCUUCAAAAACUGCAAUGCCGCCAUUGACUACAAGAUCUUCCAGGAGAACUGCUUGUAUGACCUUUGUCGUGGCGAGAUCAUGAAGACGUACAUGUGUGACACCCUGCAGGUGUACACCGAUGCCUGCCAGAGGGCUGGAAUCAGAGUGUACAACUGGAGGGGCAUUGCCCAUUGCCCCAAGCCUGAAUGCCCAGAGCACAGUCACUAUGAGUUCUGUGGAAGCGCCUGCCCUGCCACCUGUGAAGACCCAAAUUCUCCCUCAAAAUGCAAAGCCAGCUGUGUGGAGGCCUGUAUCUGUGACGAGGGCCACCUGCGCAGUGGGAACAAGUGUGUGCCGAAGUCCCAAUGUGGCUGCCAGUACAAAGGCCACUAUGUCGAAGCCGGAACAUCUUUCUGGGGGGAUGAGAGCUGUACCAAACGCUGUAACUGCAGCUCCACUGGUGGGAGUGUUGAGAGCCAGGUGGCCAGUUGUCCACUUGGACAGCAGUGCAAGGUUGUUGAUGGCAUAAGAGGCUGUUACCCUACAACCUUUUCCUCAUGCAUGGUGUCUGGUGAUCCACAUUACCACACCUUCGAUGGACAACUCUACAACUUCCAGGGCACCUGUGUAUAUCAGAUGGCUAGUGUCUGCUCCAAUGACACCAGCCUGGAGCACUUUAGUGUUGCCAUACAGAACGAUGGACGAGAUAAAAAGGUGGGGUCCAUCACCAAGCUGGUAGAGGUCAAGGUCUAUGGGUACACGAUUGUCAUCAGCAAAGAGCACCCAGGAUUUGUGAUGGUGAAUGGUGAACUUGUGAAUCUUCCUGUAAAACUCAAUAAACUGCACAUAUACAAGAGCGGUUGGUUUGCUGUGAUCAAAACUGACUUUGGGGUGGAAGUGUCCUAUGACUGGAACAGCAUAGCGACAGUCACCGUCCCCAACACUUAUGCAAAUGCAAUGUGCGGCCUGUGUGGCAACUACAACCACAAUCCAAACGACGACAUGCAGAUGAAGGAUGGAAAGCAGGCUGCCACUGCAGAGGAGUUCGGUCAGAGCUGGAUAAUAACAAAGAUCCCUGGUUGUGUGAACGGCUGCAAAGGCCCCUGUCCUGACUGUAGCAUCGCCCAGAGGGAUCAGUACAUGACAAACAAGUACUGUGGCCUCAUCAGUGACCCAACAGGCCCCUUUCGUGACUGUCACUCCAAGGUGGAACCCAUGGGUUUCGUUCAAGACUGUCUGUAUGAUGUCUGUCUGUACCAGGGAAACAGGAACAUGCAGUGCAAUACCCUAACUGCCUACACAGCUGCCUGCCAGGAUAAAGGGGUCAUGGUCUACUCCUGGAGGUCAGAUCAAUUCUGUGAUGCCCAGUGCCCUGCGAACAGCCACUAUAGGCUUUGUGCCCCGGGCUGUUCAGCCACAUGUCAGAGCCUGUCAGCACCCACUGGCUGUGAAGCUCUGUGCAAAGAGGAAUGUGCCUGUGAUACUGGCUUCCUUCUCAGCGGAGACCAAUGUGUUCAUCUCUCCCAGUGUGGUUGUCUUCACGAAGGAAGAUACUACAAAAAUGGACAAGUCUUCUACCCCAAUGGACUCUGUCAGCAAGAAUGCACAUGCAAUGGCACGAUGAAGUGUCAGAGCUUUUCCUGUGGACCCAAUGAGAAGUGUGAGGUGAAGAACGGCGUCAGGGCUUGCCAGCCUGUUGGAAAAGGAGUUUGUUCCAUCUCAGGCGACCCACAUUACAACACCUUUGACAACAACACCUAUGACUUCCAAGGCACCUGCACCUACACUGCAGCUCAAGGCUGCCAUCUGGAAGGCACACACCUCAACCCCUUCUCUGUGGUGGUGGAGAACGAGAAGUGGUAUGCUAUGUCAUCAGCUCCAAAAGUGUCGGUUGCCAAGCUUUUAGCUGUAGAAGUCUAUGGUAACAUUCUAAUUCUACGCAGGAACCAAAUCGGAUUGAUCAUGGUGAACGGCAUCCUGACUAACCUCCCAUUGAGCUUACACAACGGUGCAGUGCAGAUUUAUCAGGAUGGCUCGAAUUAUGUCAUAUUGACAGACUUCGGCCUAAGAGUUACCUAUGACCUUGUGUACCACGUCACCGUCACUGUCCCUGGCAACUACAGAGGCAAGACCUGUGGUCUGUGUGGCAAUUUCAAUGGUAACAAGAAUGAUGAGUUCCUGUUACCUGGUGGACAGAUGGCCAAACACGUCAACUCUUUUGGGGCGGCCUGGAAGGUCAGCAUGCCUGGGGUGGUGUGUGAGGACGGUUGCAGCGGAGACUUCUGUCCAAAGUGUAACUCUAAGAAGAAAGCCGUGUUUGGUGCUGACUGUGUUAUCAUUACGGAUCCUAAAGGACCCUUUGCCGCCUGCCACCAUGAGAUAGACCCAGCCUCUUACUUCAGAGACUGCCUCUUUGAUGUCUGUAUGGCUGAGGGAGAUCCAAAAAUGCUUUGCCGCAGUGUUGCUGCUUACAUGUUAGACUGUCAGGACUUUGGUGUAAAGAUCGAAAGCUGGAGAUCACCAACCUUUUGCCCAUUCUCCUGUCCUGCCAACAGCCACUACCAAACCUGUGCUGAAACCUGUGCAACUCCAUGUCCCGGCCUAUCUGACACCAUCAACUGUCCCACCACCUGUGUUGAGGGAUGUGCCUGCGACAAAGACUUCUACUUCAAUGGUACUGGCUGUGUUAGCUGGGACCAGUGCAGCUGCUAUACUGGUGGACACACCCUUAAGAUAGGGGAAUCCCUGAUUUCAGACAACUGCUUUGCGGUCCACAUCUGCCAAAAAUCUGGAGUUGUUCUGUCACAGUCUAUGGUGUGCCAGAGUGAAGAGAGCUGUCAGGUCAAGGAUGGUCUACGGGGAUGUUAUCCUAUCCCAUCACUUAAUGCAGGGGUACAUGACUGAUGAUAUGUGAGACAACUGAAGGACAUUCUGCUAUUGGAGAAUCCCAGCAAAAAUACAUAUUCCUUAUAUCCCUAUGAUCAUUCGUCAAUGAUUUGUAACAAACAGUAAUUCAAAUAAUUUAGAAGGAAUGCCAUAAAUACAUUUAGAAGGAAUGCCAUCAAUACAUUUAGAAGGAAUGCCAUCAAUACAUUUAGAAGGAAUGCCAUUUUCUGCCAAACCCUAGCCUCAUAUUUUUAAAACAAUUCCAGAAAGUGAUUUGGAAUGGUCAAAUCAUUUCAAUGGUAA